CCACUGCCGGAAGUGAGUGUGCAUUUCCGGCGGCAGGCAGGGCGGCCCGGCCUCCUGCUUGUGCGGCUUCUUGGGGUCACUCACUGUUCUGUCGUCGCUCCCGCUGCCGGCGCUGCCAUGAAGGACGUCCCGGGUUACCUGCAGCAGAGCCAGAGCUCGGGGCCUGGCCAGGCCGCCGUGUGGCACCGCCUGGAGGAGCUCUACAACAAAAAACUCUGGCACCAGCUGACUCUCCAGGUUUUGGAUUUUGUACAGGAUCCCUGCUUUGCCCAAGGAGAUGGACUCAUCAAGUUAUAUGAGAACUUCAUCAGUGAAUUUGAACACAGGGUGAACCCCUUGUCCCUUGUAGAAAUUAUUCUUCAUGUAGUGCGGCAGAUGACAGAUCCUAAUGUGGCCCUUACUUUUCUGGAAAAGACCCGAGAAAAGGUGAAAAGCAGUGAUGAAGCUGUGAUUCUUUGUAAAACAGCCAUUGGGGCCCUGAAAUUAAAUAUUGGUGACCUGCAAGUCACAAAGGAAACCAUAGAGGAAGUUGAGGAGAUGCUGAAUAAUCUGCCUGGUGUGACAUCUGUUCAUAGCCGCUUUUAUGACCUCUCCAGCAAAUACUAUCAGACAAUCGGAAAUCAUGCAUCUUACUAUAAGGAUGCUCUAAGGUUUCUGGGAUGUAUAGAUGUCAGAGAUCUACCAGUGGCAGACCAACAGGAGAGAGCUUUUACAUUGGGGCUGGCAGGACUCCUUGGUGAAGGAGUCUAUAACUUUGGAGAACUGCUUAUGCAUCCAGUGCUGGAGUCUUUGAGGGACACUGACAGACAGUGGCUGAUUGAUACUCUUUAUGCCUUCAACAGCGGCAAUGUGGAGAAAUUCCAGGCUUUGAAGUCAGCAUGGGGCCAGCAGCCAGACCUGGCUGCAAAUGAAGCUCUUCUCCUGCAAAAGAUCCAGUUGCUUUGUCUCAUGGAGAUGACCUUCACCCGACCAGCAAACCACCGGCAACUCACUUUUGAGGAGAUUGCUAAAAGUGCCAAAGUCACUGUAAAUGAGGUAGAGCUGCUAGUGAUGAAAGCACUUUCAGUUGGUUUGGUAAAAGGCAGUAUUGAUGAAGUGGAUAAAAAGGUUCACAUGACUUGGGUCCAACCACGGGUGCUGGAUUUACAACAGAUAAAGGGCAUGAAAGACCGCCUGGAGUUCUGGUGCACAGAUGUCAAGAGCAUGGAGAUGUUGGUGGAGCACCAAGCCCAUGAUAUCCUAACAUAAAGGACUUUGCACUGGCUGAGGGAAUAUCUUGUGCUGUUGCUGAAAGUGGCAGUGCCUGACCACUGACUCUGUACUGAAUUCUAUUAAAAGGGGGGCUAGGGGAGGAGGGGGAAGAACUACUUUUCUGAUGCUUGUACAGAGGACUAAGUGGCCUUUGCUGUAUAACCCUUUGGUGCUUGGAGUCGGGAAUUCCCUCUUACGCACUAUCAUUUUAUUAGUGCUCUCCCAUCCUGUUGUCACCAAAGGGGAGAGCUAAGGACUCCAUAACGAUGGAUUAAUCAGUCUUGGUGUGAUGUUACAGUGGAGGAUGCUGGGGGGACUAUGUGCUAAGGGGGUGGAGGGCAUUGGCUCAGCAGUGGGAGGGCAGCAAGUCCUCCAUUUUGCAUUAAUUGUGCAGGAAGGAAAGGGCACUAUUGACAGAUAUGGGGGAGAGCGUGACCUUCCUCCUGCCAGCCCAAAGGCAGCAUAGCUGAGAAGACACACCUCUUUCCCCUAGCCUCCCAUUUUUUUCAGUAGAAGCUGCUCAAUCCCAUCAAUGAGUUUUCCAAGAAUAAAGUCAUACUUAAUGGAUUUGUUUUUAUAUUAUACCUGGGUUUGCUCUUGUCUUUUAUGAACAUUUAACCAGAAGUGUGAUGCAGGAAAAAAGCAACUGCUGGAAUAAACUUCUGCCUUCCCUCUUG